AAGGAGAAAAACAACAACAGUGAUCGGGGAAGGGUGGAACUAAAUGUAUCUUGGUCGUGAUUAAGGGUUUGGAUCUACCAUCAUACCCGCAUAUCCAUAACUAUUUUUAUUUUACCUGACGUGUAGAUGGUGCCGUGCUCAUGAACCUGGCCAGUCAGAGCGGAGAGGCCGGCUGCAGCCAGCUGCUCUUCGCUAACUUUAACCAGGAUAACACGUCCUUAGCAGUUGGGACUAAAUCUGGAUACAAGUUCUUCUCUUUGUCAUCAGUUGACAAAUUGGAGCAGAUUUAUGAAUGUACUGACACUGAAGAUGUGUGCAUUGUGGAAAGACUUUUUUCCAGUAGCCUUGUCGCUAUCGUUAGCCUUAAGGCACCCAGGAAGCUCAAAGUGUGUCACUUCAAGAAAGGGACUGAGAUAUGUAACUACAGCUACUCAAACACUAUACUGGCUGUAAAACUAAACAGACAGAGAUUAAUAGUAUGUCUGGAGGAAUCAUUAUAUAUCCACAACAUCAGAGAUAUGAAAGUACUGCAUACAAUUCGGGAGACGCCUCCAAAUCCAUCAGGAUUAUGUGCACUCUCAAUCAGCAAUGACAACUGUUACUUGGCAUAUCCAGGAAGUGCAACAAUAGGAGAAGUGCAAGUUUUUGACACUGUUAAUCUGAGAGCUGCUAAUAUGAUUCCUGCUCACGACAGCCCAUUAGCAGCACUGGCAUUUGAUGCAAGUGGUACAAAACUUGCCACAGCCUCUGAAAAGGGGACUGUCAUCCGUGUGUUCUCCAUUCCAGAAGGUCAGAAGCUCUUUGAGUUUAGGAGAGGAGUAAAGAGAUGUGUGUGUAUUUGCUCUUUGGCCUUCAGUAUGGAGGGACUUUAUCUGUCUGCCUCUAGCAACACAGAGACAGUUCAUAUCUUUAAACUGGAGACACAGAGAGAAAAACCACAGGAGGAGCCCACUACUUGGACAGGAUACUUUGGAAAAGUAUUGAUGGCCUCCACCACAUACCUACCUGCGCAGGUGUCUGAGAUGUUUACACAAGGAAGGGCCUUCGCUACAGUCAGACUGCCAUUUUCAGGACACAAGAAUAUCUGCGCUCUCGCUGUAAUUCAGAAGAUUCCCAGGCUUCUGGUUGCAGCAGCAGAUGGCUACUUGUACCUGUACAACCUAGACCCACAGGAGGGAGGAGAGUGCACACUGAUGAAGCAGCACAAGUUAGAUGGAAGUGCUGAACCUGCAAAUGAAAUACUAGAACAGACAGCCCAUGAGCGGCCGCUCGUGGCACAGACCUACAGCGCUGCUGUUGCCAAAGGUUACUCUGAAGAUCAGGGGGCAGUGGGGGGAGCUGGUGUAGAAGAAGACAUGAAUGCAUUGCAUCUGGAUGAGGAAAAUGAGCAGCCUCCUCUAAUCCUGGAGACAGACUGAGCCCUACAUCCCUUAUACACAGGGGUGGGGAAUAAAUGAUGGAGUGACAUUUCAGAGGGGGUGUCUAGCCUUUUCUGGUGCUGCUAUGAAUAUGUGAUCUAAUGGAGAAGGGAUUAAAAAAGAGGGCAUUUUAAGAAAA